GGGGGGGGCCUAGGGGGGGCGGUCCGCAGCACCUUGACGGGAAUCUGGUCCGUAGCGCAGCCCGGAGCGGACGCCAUUUAUCGCCUUUUAUCCCGGCCAUCCCAGCGCGGCGGACCCCUGCACACCCCUGCCACAACCCCCGGGCCCCGCGCUCCCCCUGAUUCCUGAUCCACACACACGCUCCACGCUCCACACACCACCACCACCACCAUGGCAGCUGAGCAGGAGAUGCCCACCUUCAAGCUGGUGCUGGUUGGCGACGGAGGCACUGGAAAGACCACCUUCGUCAAGCGCCAUUUGACGGGAGAGUUUGAGAAGAAGUACGUGGCCACGCUGGGAGUGGAGGUGCACCCCCUGGUCUUCCACACCAACCGCGGACCCAUCAAGUUCAACGUCUGGGACACGGCGGGACAGGAAAAGCUCGGAGGGCUGCGCGAUGGGUACUACAUCCAAGCCCACUGCGCAAUCAUCAUGUUUGACGUCACAUCGCGCGUCACGUACAAGAACGUUCCCAACUGGCAUCGUGAUCUUGUGAGGGUGUGCGAGAACAUCCCCAUCGUCCUCUGCGGCAACAAGGUCGAUGUGAAGGAUCGUAAGGUCAAGGCCAAGUCCAUCAUCUUCCACCGCAAGAAGAACCUCCAGUACUACGACAUCUCAGCCAAGAGCAACUACAACUUCGAGAAACCAUUCCUGUGGUUGGCGCGGAAACUCAUCGGUGACCCCAACCUGGAGUUUGUCGCCAUGCCCGCGCUGCUGCCCCCAGAGGUACAGAUGGACCCCCAAUGGCAGCAACAGAUUGAGAAUGACCUCCAGGAAGCCUCGCAAACAGCCCUGCCCGAGGAUGAUGAAGACCUUUGAAGAGGAGGUCGAUGAAGAAGGAGAAGGAGGAGGAGGAGAGGAGGAAGAGGAAGGGAUAGUUCAGUAAGGAAAAGGAGGAGGAGGAGGAGGAGGAGGUUGAAAGUAGAUUAAAGGAAGGAAGAAGAGGAGGAAGAGGAAGGGAUAGUUCAGUAAGGAAGAGAGGAAUAGGAGGAGGAGGAGGUUGAAAGUAGAUUAAAGGAAGGAAGAAGAGGAGGAAGAGGAAGGGAUAGUUCAGUAAGGAAGAGGAGGAGGAGGAGGAGGAGGUUGAAACUACAUUAAAGGAAGGAAGAAGAGGAGGAAGAGGAAGGGAUAGUUCAGUAAGGAAGAGGAGGAGGAGGUUGAAACUAGAUUAAAAGGAGGAAGAUAGGAGGAGGAGGAAGAAGAAGGAUAAGAACUGGAGGAGGAAGAGGAGGAGGAGGGAUAGUUAAGGAAGAAGAAGAGGAGGAGGAGGAGGAAAGAGAAGAGGAAGGCAAGGAAGAAGAAGGAAUGGAAUGGAAGGAAGAGGAGGAGGAGGAGGAGGAGAGAGAAAGGAGGGAACGGAGAGAAAAAGAGCGAGAGAGAGAGAGAGAGAGAGAGAGAGAGAGAGAAAAAACCCAAGCUUGUCUACUUGUAAAAAAAAAAAUUUAGACCCUAAGAAAAAUAAUUGAAAAAAACAACAAAAACAUUUAAUUCCUAGGCACUGUUUGUACGUGUGUGUGUGCGUAUGUAUGUAUGUACGUGUGUGUGUGCGUAUGUAUGUAUGUACGUGUGUGUGUAUGUGCGCAUGUGUGUACGUUAUUGAUUAAGAUGGAAAUAAAGAUUGAAGGAAAAAAAUUAAGGGAGUUUAAAUGGAUAGGCCUACUUAGAGAGAGAGAGAGAGAGAGAGAGAGAGAGGAACAAAUAUACGAACACACAUUACCUUGGUCUUCCUCCUCCUCCUCCUCUUCCUCCUCCUCUUAAACCAACUAUCUUCCUCUUCCUCCUCCUCUUAAACCAACUAUCUUCCUCCUCCUCUUAAACCAACCAUCUUCCUCUUCUUCCUCCUCCUCUUAACUAUCCUCUUCCUCCUCUUCCUCCUCCUCUUAAACCAACUAUCCUCCUCCUCCUCCUCUUGACCCAACCAUCCUCCUCCUCUCAAAACAACCAUUCUCUUCCUCCUCCUCCUCCUCCUCCUCUUGACCCAACCAUCCUCCUCCUCUUAAAACAACCAUUCUCCUCCUCCUCCUCCUCCUCCUCCUCCUCCUCCUCACCUUGACAAGUUAAUGGACAGGAUAUUACCAGCAACUACUAUUACUACUACUACUACUACUACUAUUACUACUAUUAUUAUUAUUAUUAUUAUCAUUAUUAUUAUUGUUAUUAUUAAUCUACAUUCACAAACACACCACUAGUAUAUAAUGUAUUUUCCAAACACACACACACACACACACACACACACACACACACACACACACACAUAGUUGUUUUUGUCCUUGUUUUUUUUAUCUUCAUUCCUGUUUGGUCAGUCUUGCAAGUUGGUAAAUAUAUUCCGUUUUUUGUAAUAAAGAAAUAAAUAAAUGAGAAAUUGAAUGUG